CUCCUGCUAUUCAUCUCCCAUCUUCUUUUCUCGCCUGGUGCUCCGAGAUUGUUGGAAGACUAUUGUCGAUAUGAGUGAAACUACUUCAAAGGCGGACUUUACCGCCAAGAGAGAUGACGAUAUCCACGAUGCAGCCAAAUCAAUCACCAACAACGAAGUCCCCAUAAACGCCUCCGGCCACGUCCAAGAACUCCCCCAGAACUUCAACCUCCUCUCCCUAGCAGGCGUAGGCCUCGUCGUCGGCAACGUCUGGCCCGCCAUCGGCGGCUCCAUCCUCGUCGCCAUUUUCAACGGCGGUCCACCAGGCGUCCUUUACGAAUUCAUCGUGGUGUCUAUGUUCUACUGGACAGUCGCCGCGAGCGUUGCAGAGCUAGCUAGCGCUAUUCCUUCAUCUGCUGGUGUCUAUCACUGGGCUUCUGUUACGCCUGGGCCGAAGUGGGGGAGAAUUAUUGGGUUCUUUGCGGGAUGGUGGAAUUAUCUUGCUUGGUGUCUUGGGUGUGCUAGCAUGUCGAGUAUUCUUGCGAAUACGCUUGUUCAGAUGUAUGCUUUGAAUCAUCCGGGCUUUGUGGCUGAGUCGUGGCAUGUGUUUAUCACGUAUAUCAUCACGACGUGGUUAUCGUGUGCGGCUGUUUGUCUGUGGAACAGUGCUAUGCCGGGGCUGAACAAGUUUGGAGUUUUCAUCAUCUUGGCGGGUUUCAUCAUCACGGUCAUCACUGUUACUGUCAUGCCUGGAAGAGGAGGUCGUCCGCCGCAUGCUAGUUCGGCGUUUGUCUGGAAAGAUUGGACUGCUGAUAUUGGAUAUCCGGAUGGGUUUGUCUUUGUCGCUGGUAUGCUCAACGGAGCGUACAGUGUUGGAUCGGUUCACGCGACAACUCAACUGGCAGAGGAGAUCCCUAACCCAAGCCGAAAUGUCCCCAUCGCCAUCUUAUUUCAGGUCGCGACUGGUUUCGUCACUGGUCUUUGCUACCUUAUUGCCAUCAUGUACGCCAUCAACGACUACGACGCUCUCUUUGAAUCGGCAUAUCCCAUCGCCGAGAUCUACCGCCAAGCUACCGGCUCCGCAGCUGGUGCUACCGGGCUGCUAUCACUGGUUAUGAUCUGCAUUGCCUUGACAGUCGUUGGGCUCUACAUCACCUGCGGUCGAACGCUCUGGGCCCUUGCCCGUGAUGGCGCGACUCCUUUCCCUGGAGUGCUAGGCCAUGUCCAGGAGUCUCUCGAUAUGCCUCUCUGGUCUACCAUCGUCACAGCUGUCCUGGUUUCAGUCCUCGGCGCCAUCUAUGUCGGUAGCACAACAGCCUUCAAUGCAUUCGUCGGAACCUUUAUUCUUCUCUGCAGCUGUUCGUUCUUGGCAUGCAUCCUACCCAAUCUCCUCAGUGGACGAAAAAACAUUGCUUAUGGACCCUUCAGAAUGCAUGGUAUCUGGGGUUUUAUUAUUAAUGGCAUUGCAUGUGCUUAUCUUCUUAUCUGGAGCGUUAUCUACUGCUUCCCUUAUGCUUUGCCUACAAGUGCGGCGAGCAUGAACUAUACUUGCGUUAUUUGGGGCGGUCUAACUUUCUUGGUUAGUCUUUGGUGGUUCGGAAGUGCAAGAAAAGGAUAUCAGGGCCCUACGACUACUGGAAGUGUUGUCCCGGGCAUGGUUAUUGAUGCAGCCUGA